AUGGCGUCGGAGAUCAUUUCCGGCGGCGUUGGCGCCGAGCUCAAGGACCCUCGUCGUCUGGAGCUUAUCGAAAAACUUGACCGUGCUCGAGGCGGCAAUGCAGACUGUGCCCAAGAGGUCUGGGCGGCCCUGUGGCUGUGUUCUGUUGAGAAGCUGGAAGAAUAUGUCAAACAGAUAGAGAUGAGCCCAAGCAGCUUAGCUGCAACCUCACUCUAUACGAAGGUUGUUUUGACUGAUAUCAUUAAACCAUGGUUGACCAGCGGUACUAAAAAAAGCUAUGCAUCAUCUGGUCCUGGAACCCCUGUGGGUGGUGCUGCGUCCCCUGCAAGCCCAUCAACCCCGACCACCACCUCCUCGACGACCCCGAACCCGAGGAAAAGGCUACGUUUAGACACAACUGUGUCGUCUCCAGCUGCUGACUCCCCGAGGUCUGCUGCAGCAAAGGAUUUAUCUCUCGAAAGAGACGGAGAGAUUUGCGUCAUCACAAAGAUGGGGAUUUGCGCGGAAAGCGCCCACAUAUAUCCCUAUUCUCUUCGUGAACGCGCUGGUCGUAAGUGCGAGAGAUUCUGGACAGCGCUGUCUAUGUUUUGGCCACAAAGUACUAUUGAUGAAUGGAAAGCCGACGUCUUCGGAGGCACGAAUACUGAGCUCUGUGCCAAUAGGAUCACUCUCAGCCCAGAUGCGCAUGCAUACUGGGAUAAAGGUCUCUUCGCCUUCAAGCCUGUUUCAAUGAGUGAGGAUAAGAAAACUCUGAAGCUGGAGUUCCACUGGCUGUGGCCAGUGCCGCGAUCUUCCACUAUGGUUCUGAGCAAUCCACCCACCCUCGAAGAGUCUCUAGAUCGCAGUAAUAAAGAAGUUUGUCUCUUCGACGCCACAACAGACCUCAGGAUUAAGUCUGGCCAUGAGAUCAUCAUGAAAACCGAUGACCCUCUCCGUCGUCCACUCCCGAGUAUUAAGUUACUCAAGCUGCAAUGGGCACUCCAGAGAUUGGCAUCGCUGAGCGGUGCUGCGGAAGCCAUCGAUGAGUUGUUGGACAGCGAUGAUGAAGGAGACCACGACAUGGUCAGACUUUACGAGUCCCAGGAAGAUUUCUGCGAGAUUGACGAUGUCUUUUGA